ACUGUCAGUUAUAUGCAGUAGGAAAGCCAGUGUAUCAUAGGUACACAAACAUGACUUACGGAAGCUGGAUGCGAGAUUCUGUGCCUCCCACCGAAGCAGAUACUGACAAAUUCUGGUUUACGGAUGAGAAUGAUCCAUACCACUUGCAUGAAUACCACAACAAGACCCUGUUUCGAGCUGGCGCUCCAAGUUUUAAAUACAGACUGGAAUAUCCUUUUAAGGGCAAUACACAUGUCAUACACAACGGAGUGUUCUACUACAACGAAAGGAACAAGCCACAUGUACGGAGGUUCGAACUGGCAACUAACGACACUCGGAUGCUAAAUGUACCGAUGGUAGCAACCAAAGGCAGUAACUAUCUCUAUUCUACAAAUUACAACUACAUGGACUUCUCUGUAGAUGAAAAUGGUUUAUGGGUAAUAUAUGGGAUACCCAGCACAAAUUAUACUGCAGUCAUGAAGGUGAACACUGACCGCAAUAUGGAGGUGCAGUAUAUGUGGAAUAUUAGCAUCAAUAACCAUCUGUUUGGUGAAAUGUUUGUGGCUUGUGGUGUACUCUACGCUGUUGAUUCCGUCACUGAAAGGAACUCAAAGAUAAGGUUUGCCCUGGAUCUGUACAAGAAUCAACUACUCGAUGUAAAUCUUCCAUUCACAAAUCCCUUCCGGUGGACUACGAUGGUUGGUUACAACCAUAAAAACAAGGAGCUGUACACAUGGGACAGAGGAAAUCAGCUUACAUACCCCAUUCGGUAUCACGAGAUUGGUUAUAAUACCAGCAAAGAAGAUAAAGGUGAGCCAGAGACCAGCCCUCUCGUUCAAACAGGGUACGAUGUGUACUCAUAGAAACGACGGAAAGUUGAAUACGUGUCACAUAUCUAUUGGGCCUAAUUCAUCGACAAUGACAUCCUCUGGGAAGCAUUUAAGUUCUGUCUUCUUGUGUAUGUUUAAUAUGUACCAAUAUACUGUGUACCAUCCAUGAAUAAAGCUGAGCGAUACGACACUAUGAGACAAGGAACAGUGACGUAAAACUGAAAUCAGUGCGUCUGUUAACAAAUCAGAUUCAUCUAGCAACAUAAUUCAGUUUUGUGACACCAGAGUGCACCACAUACGGGCGUAAGAUUAUAUACAUGAAUAGAAAAGAAUAACUGUUAUAUGAAUAGAAUUAUUUCACUUUUUUACUUGAAUAUUUCACUGGACAUAAGGACCAUUUUCUCACGAAAUAUUACUUCGGUACAACACGACAGAAUUUCUUCAUGGACAUAACAGCACGUCAAAGAUAUCAUACGUAAUGAUCUUGUACAUGUUCCUUGUACCAUGAAGAAAUUAAGUACAUUAAUUACGAGACUUUUAUUGGUCGCCCAGAAUUCUGGUAUCUAGGAAUGAGAACUGUUCCAUUUAAACAUUCUGGCCAAUUUUAGUACUCAACCAUUUUUAUGCCAUUAACUUUCAUAAAGAUACUUAAAAUUCUUGAUUAAUUAUAAGUUAUUUUUGCUCUGUCUUAUUAAGGAGAAAGUAACUUAUCAUUCUUUGAACUCCCUUUUUAAUUUUUUGUUCCUGGCAUAUUCUUUCUUAGGGCAUACUUGUAAAGGCAUAUAUUUUCUCCUUAGCGCAGCAAAUACUACUGAAAUAAAUCCUGUAAUUCGAACUGAAAAUGCAAACUACUUCCGAGAAGAGUGCAUGAUGCCUAUUUUCUUUAACAGUAAAUAAAAGAUCAAUAAAUAACCAUGAUUGUUAGGUUAUGUGGGUAAUUUAUAUAACUACGUAAAGUCUACUAAUCUUAAGCAAAAUGACUUUAAAAUAAAGAUAUAUGUGUUUUUAUCGAUCUGUAUGUUUAAACUUAAAAAGAGCUGGGCUGAUUUUGAUGAGAUUUUGUUAUGUACAUUGUGCCAUUUGAGGUUACUUUUUAGUUUCCUGCAGUUGGUAAACCGAUGUCAGACAUAUGAAGCUUUGAGGUUGGAUUGACACUACCGUUACCCAAUAAUAUGUCCUGAAAUGGUCAAUGGUUAUAAUUAUUUGAAAAAUAUACGACUUUGUGUGAAAUGAUUUUUUAUAAAAUGUAAAAAAAUGGCAGCGUUAUGAAAUAUAUAUCUAAAUGCAAUGAACAUUUCUACAUAUUAAAACACAGUCAAGGUUAUGUUUGAUAUUACGCUGUCCUAUCAAUGAUAAAUUUAUGAUAAAUAAAUUAAAAAAAUAUAGGAAAAAGAAAAGUGUUAGCUAAGUUUAGUGACAGAUGGAAAAUACAUAAACUGAAUUGUAAUUUGUUCUGAUCUCUUUUGUGAACGAUAACAACAAAGAGUUCAAGGCUAAAUCUUAUCUUACAUGGAAAAUAUGCUUAAGUUUGUGCAUCUUCCUGUCGAUCUAUUCCUACACAUACAUAGACAUUAUUUAUGGUAACAUUAUAAUUUACUAUAAUUUUAUAUUUCAGUUAGCAACAUUUAGAAUAAAAUGUGUAAAAACACAUGUGGAAACUCUGUAUAUUUUGAUACAGAUUAUACCUUUUGAAUCUUAUCAAAUAUGUGUCUACAGAUUUACAUCCUUCAACUGAAAGGGAAUCACUAAAAAACAGAAAUAAAUAAGUCAAUUGACGAA